AAAAAAAAAACAUAUCUUGCGAAUAGCUUACUAUUUUUUGAACAACUCUUGUAUUUUUUUUAUAAAUGAUCGAAAAAACGCACGAAAUGAGACAUACGAAAUUUCUGACUGUCGAGGAUUUCGUCGGAGUCGGCUGGGUAUCUCUCAGCGUACGCGAGGGGUGGGGGAGACGCGCGACACCGACGGACAGUGAAUCAAAUAAAUCGCGCGGACGAGCCGCCCGUCCACGCACUGCACUUCCAGGAGUUCUGGACGUCGAGACGCGCCUGUGGGUUCUUCGUUUUCUUCUUCCUUGCGGGACGUCAGCAUGCCGCUCGAGUGGGGCUACGGCCGGGAGAACGGCGCCUAACUCCGAAGGUCCGGAAAAGUGGGCGCAGUGCUUCCCGGAGGCGGCGGGCGCGCGCCAGAGUCCCGUCGACAUCCGCCACGUCGACCUGAAGAAGCUCAACGCGAACCGCAAGCUCGAGUGGAGGUACAUACCCGAAAACACGAAGGCAGUUAUCAAUCCGGGCUACGGUUGGAAGGUGGCCGUGGACGGCGACGGAUCACAGUUAACGGGCGGUCCGUUGGAGGGCAGAUACGUGCUCGAACAGUUCCACUGCCACUGGGGCGAGUCGAAUGACGAGGGUUCCGAGCACACCAUCAAUGGUAAAAAGUUCGCCGGGGAGAUUCACCUGGUCCACUGGAACGCGACCAAGUAUAAGUCGUUCGCGGAGGCGGUCAAGCACCCCGACGGCCUGGCCGUGCUCGGCGUGUUCCUCAAGCCGGGAAAGAAGCAUCUAGAGCUCGACAAGAUCGUCAAACAGCUCGGCUACGUCGAGUUCAGGGGACAGAGCGCGAAAAUCUUGGUGCCGCUCAGCCCCGCGUCACUCAUACCCGAAGACAGCGGCUACUACACGUACCAGGGAUCGUUGACGACACCCCCGUGCUCGGAGUGCGUCAUCUGGAUCGUUUUCAAAGAGCCCGUCGAGGUUUCCCAAGAGCAGUUGGACGCGUUCAGGAGGCUGAAGUGUUACUCGCAGCAAGACCAGCGCCCGUGCGACGAGUUCCAGGGCUUCGUCAAGGCGAAUUUCAGGCCGACGCUGCCGCUCGGCCAGCGAGACAUCAAAGAGUGUCGCCAGUAGAAUUAAGACCCAAUUAGUGAUAGUCGGGUGCUAUAUUAGUGCUUAACGUUUUGGUUACCGCCAGCAUUUAGGAUUUUUAUAUAAGCUUCGGCGCGGCAUUUAUUGCAGAUGAAAUAAAUCGGAU